GUAUGGAAACUGUCGUAGCAAAGGUCUGAAUAUCUUUCCUUCCUUGGAUGGAUGCCAGUGGACUUGCGAGAGACAUCGCGAUGAACGCUUUCCAGCAUACUGUACGGAUCAAUUUGACGAACAAUACAAAGAAUCUUGCGAGGGUGGUCAGUGGAGGGAGAGGGCGUAUUUUGAUCAAGGAACAGGUGCAUGUACCACAUUCUGGUGGGACGGCUGCACGUCAGCAAACCAAAAUUUCUUUGAGAACCUGCAGACGUGCCAAACUCUUUGCGAACAUCCAGACGCAGAACCAUAUGAAGAGCUUCCUGACUCAAAGAUUAACUACCAGUGCCUGUUACCGAGGGAAAUUGGAACUUGCAAGGAAACUUAUCCUUUCUAUUUCUUCGAUAGAGAAACAAAAACCUGUCAGCCAUUCUCGUACUCCGGCUGUGGCGGAAAUGAAAAUCGUUUUAUGACGAUAUCUCAAUGCAUCGGCCAAUGCGAACCCUUUAC